GGCGGGGCGGCAGUAGUGAACGUUUUGACUAAAGUUUGAAUAUUUAUAUGACUUUUGAUCUAUUCCAGCCUGGAGAGGACCGGCUUAAACAUCUUUACAAACACAAACAUCCACCAGGGCAUGUUUGUUCACAUGCUUCCUGAAUCCAGAGCCUGAGAAAACACCAGACGAAAUGUGUUUGAAGAGCACUGGACUCUGUUUGUAGAAGAAGAAGGAGGAGGCAUAACUAUUUUUGUGUCAAAUCAAAAGGAGAAAUCAUUCAUGAUGCCUAAUGAAACAAUAAUGCAGACCUCAUGCAUUCAGGACAAUCCAGAAGCAGAUGAAUGCAAUGAAAAUAUUCCAACUGCAGACGGCACUGCAGCUGGAACGUCAAAAUUCAAACUCCAGGCGGAAGAUGUUAGGGGUCAGUCCCCCAUACAUGGUCCUCUCUUGGAGACUUGUGAUUUUUCAACACCAAAUCCAACAAAUGGCAACAAUGGAGGCAAGAGAAAGUUGGGUUUUCAGUCUACUCUAACUCCAAUCUUAAACUACUUGAAUAUAGACGCCCAACGAUCAUUUACAGAGCCGUUAAUGUGUGGCUUUCCCAAGAAAAAUUGUCAAAAAUCAACAGGAGGGACUGGCCAAAAGCCUAACACGAGUAAUCCUUAUGGGAGAUCCUUCGACAGUAUCCGUUCUCCUAUGUGCCUGCUUGAUUUUGAACAAUUGCCAGAAAUAACUCUUCUUGAUUCUAUGUGUGACUCAACGAUGCAGCUCACUACGAAUGUCUCAGUCCUUCCUGAAGGUGCACCUGCAAAACCAACGGUCUGUGAUGCGAUCACAUGUGUUGAACAAAGUAACGGCCCUUCUGAACUUCCUAAACCGGUGGAGAUCACGGCUGGCACUCGGGCUGAAGUCAAAGCGGACGACCCCACUGAGAAAAAGACUGCAUCCUCGAGGAUACUUGACCAAUACUUGACAGAAAUUACUCUUCUCGACAAUACAUGUGACUCCCUGCUGUCGCCAUGUGGUCAGGUCUCCACUAUGAACACGACACAGGAAAUGGUGCAAGCUUUGUCUAAGCUCUGUGGGCAAACUGUGGCAGAACCUGUCAGAUCGGAGGCCGUUUCAAACGAGGAUAUGUCGAGCACAAGCGGCCAGUCCGUUAGCAUCAUUAAAACCUCUGUGGAAGUAACUCAGGAUAUCACUAUGGGUAGUGUUUUGGAACAUAGUGGGUCUUCGUCAAAGACAAGUCAGGAAAAUGUGGAAAACCCUCAAAUAUCAAGAGGGGACACUUUUGACAAAUUACCAGCGGAUAUUACCUGCAACAUAACCUCCUCUAGUGCCUCUGGUAUGGACUGUAGCUCUGGUCCAAAGGGAGUUUUCUUGGAACUGCAUUCUGAACCCACAAACACUCCUGAUAACAUGGACGGUCCCAAUGAAGAGAUUCUGACCAGUGAAGUGUCACAGCAAAGCUCAAAAACGGUUGUGUCAGAGAACAAUACAGUGUCUGUUCUGCAGGCGUCCAGUCGGAGAUCUUUUGAUAUCAACACUAGCGCUCCAGUUUUUUGCCCCGAGGAUAAUAAGCCGGGUCUUCCAACAUCGGAUGCAAACAGUCUAGUGGUGGGGAGUCAGGGAGCCACAGACCAGGCCGAGCCUCUCUCCUGCGAAAGAGCCUUCGCUGUGACUCAAAGUUGCUCUUUUUCUAAGGAAAAUGGCGAGUGUGAAGUGCCGAAUGCCACUUUUGAUAAAUAUUCUUCUCAAAAUUCCCGUUCCAGCACGACUAUCGAGGAAGGUGUUCCUCCGACUGUCCAUAUUCAGAACAACACGUUUGAUUUUAAAACUUCCAACACACAAAAUGCCACAGUAACGCUGUCGGAGAGUAGCUCAUGCGACAAUCACCACAGCUCUUUGGGCAAACCCCCCACGCCUACAGUCUCCAACACACGAAAUGCCACAGUAACGCUGUCGGAGAGUAGCUCAUGCGACAAUCACCACAGCUCUUUGGGCAAACCCCCCACGCCUAAAGUCUGUAAUUUAACCACUAGCAUUAAAGAUGGCAACUCUGACGAGCAGCUUCCGGAGUUGCCCAAAGACACUGAGAUGACAGCGGUCACAGCAGGGCCUCGUGUCGAGACGGUUGAGAAUCCCAACGGCACAUUUGAAGCUAAUCCUGUUUUGGAGGCCGUUUCUGGAGAUGGUACAUGUGAGCACAAGGAUCAGCUGCAGUCAGAAGAACUGAGUUGUGUUUCCGACACGUCAUGCCAUCAAACUCUAGGUGGAAAACACAAGGCAAACACAUUCGACCUAGAUGAAAGUCUGGAUUUAAGAGUUGACGCAUGGGUUACUUCAACACCCUUGAUCAACUGUAAAAUAUCCAACCCCAACCUAGAAGGAGAGCCGAGCAAAGUUUUUGCAGGUCCGAAGAAACUUUAUGGAGAUGGUCCUAGUCAGCCAUCAAACAUUGUUGGCGACCAAAAAACAUUCUUGACACAGCGCGCUGCUAAAGCCUUUUGGCCUGUUUCAAAUGUUGCACUCCGGCCGUCGGAGAACAAAGCAGGAUCCAAGCGUCCAGGGCGGCCCGAACCGGUCACUUCCGGCUUGCCCGUCAAAGGCCAAAGAACCCACGCUGAUGCUCUUAGAAAUGCUGCGGCAGAGGAAACACGGAAGACCACAAGAAUAUUGAGCUCCUAUAACUUGCGGUCUGCAGCAGCUUCAAAGAUCCCCGGUUCUGGCCUGCAGAGACCGCAGGUGAGUGGGAUCCCGUCAUCCAUCCAGAGAGCGGCUCCAGGGCUGACGUCACCAACAGCAAGAGUUCCAACACAAGCUUCUGCUAACGCUGACAGGCCCUGCAGACCGGGACCAGCAGCAUCUAACCUUGUAACUAAGAAUCUACAAGGAAAGAAGCACCCGUUAACUAAAGGACACGUUUUGCCAGUGCCGAAAAGGAAGAAAACUGAUAUUCUUGUGCCAUCCAAUAAUACUGAACCUGCGUCAUCUUCCUGUGAUUCGACAAACAAGGUUAAAAACUUGAAACAGCCCACAGCCAGUCAAAGAUCUUUGCCUCCUAAGGCUCAAAGAAUUGUGCCAGCAAGUACUGCUGAAACCGUAGCAGCCUGUGACGUGAACAGUAAAACCAAAUCCCUGAAACCGCCUGCAACCACCCACAGAUCUCUGCUGACUAAACCCCAAACCCAGGGUUGUGCCAAAUGUACUGCACUUGAGAAGCAACUUCAAGUGAAAUCAGAAGAAAUCCAGAAACUCAAAGAAGAGCUGCUGAAGUACAGGAAAUAGACGACUGCUGAGUGUUCAGUUGCAUUUUAUCAAAUUGUAUGCUAUUAAUUUAAUAAAAUUUUAUGCUAUUCUAUAUAUAAAUAAAUUGAAUAUGGAUAUAAUACACCUUUUAUUGCAAAACCUUCUCUUUUAUAUUUCUAAAUCUGUGCUAAUGUU